UCUCAUUUUCAAUUACAAUUAUUACAAAAAAAAUUAUCUUUAUAAUGUCCACAAUCAGACGGUUCCGCGCCAUGGACAUGUUCAACUUUGGCAGCGUCAAUUUGGACCGCUACACAGAAACCUACGACCUCUCCUUCUACCUCUCGUACCUUUCAAGCUGGCCAGACCUCUUCAACAUAGCUUGCCGACGCCUGGGGCUAGGCCGCGGCCUCAUGCAGGUGCUGGAAGAUGCAUCGGAGAAGAUCCACAAUUGUUACUUCGUCGACCUAUUCGUGAGGCCGUCUAAUAAAGUCGCAAUUGCUAUGUACGAGGGAAUGGGGUAUAUUGUGUAUAGGGAAGUCAUUGAUUAUUAUAUGACUGACGGUAUUAUGCCGACGGAGAGUGCCUUUGAUAUGAGAAAGGCGCUGGCGAGGGAUGUGCACAAAAAAUCGGUUGUCCCGUUGAAGCGCCCGAUCACAGUCGAUGAGCUGUUCAACCCAAGGCGAUAAGAAGAUUCACACAACUGUCUCCCC